AUGCCUUCGUUCUUGAAGGACAUCAGCCUGCGGAGGAGAAGCAAAGCAUCGAUAAAGAACACCAAGGGCGACAGCGAGAGUUCCGGCAACAGCGAGAAUGGCGAGCCUGGCAACAAGUCGUCGACGACGCUGAAUUCCUAUCUGGACAAUGGACAAUCGCCGCCCACGACACUCUCAUCGCACAGAUCUAACACGAACCUAUCGCAAAUGAGCAUCAACGGUGGAAGCAAGAAAGGCUCGCCGCCCCCGAUACCAGGCCGAGAGACAAGACCGCGCAUGCCAAGCUCGCAGAGUAGUAAUCGAUACAGCAUCAACGGCCUUCCCGUGCAAAACGGCCAUCGACCCACCCCUGCUACCUCACCACUUGCACCACGCGUGCUGUCAGUGUCAGAUGGAUCUUGGGUACACCAAAAAGUCCUCCUCAUUUUCGGUCAAUGCGCAGACCCAGCACAGCCGAUCGAUGGUACACUGACUGUCUGUCACCACCAAGACAACUUCCCACCUACACAAUGGCCUGUCAGCGAUUCGCAUUUCAAGGCACUUGUAUAUCUUCAGCCUGGACCUAAUCGAUUGCGACUCGACUUUACAUCGCCCAAACUUCCUACGCCCAGCACAUCGAUACCAGCUCAUUCCUCGUGGAUCAACAUCAAUUACUUGCCUCUCAACUCCUCGCCUCCGUUACAGCUGUGCAUUCUGGUUGCACGCGACUCGCCCGAAACCUACGAUGCGGUGCCCGAACGAGUACAGAAGGAGGGUAAUGGAUUGGCUACGGCGAUCAGGAAGUUCAGGACGGCAGCAUACCUCUGGCAGGCAUUUACCGCCGAGCACAUGAAUCGCAAUGGCUUUGGCAGGAGAUGUUACAGAUACGAGGAGGAAUGGCAGCCGGGCACAUUGACCUGGAAAGAUCUGGAAUCGGGUCAGAUGAGGAACGAGGCCAAGAUUCACGUCGUUCGUCUGAAUAAGAGCGUGCAAGAGAUACAAGAUUUGGAGUUGGCGCAACAGUACGAGCCAGCGAAGAAGAAGGGCGACUUGUUUGGCAUUGCCAUGGACGCAGUGCGAGCACACUUUGCACCAAGGCCUGGACAACCACAGUACGUUUCGUGCAUGUUCUUGGACGCGCAUUGGGACCAGCAAGUCGGCACAGUACGAGGUCAUGCUGCAUUGGGCGGCGGUGAUGAUCAACUCAAACUUGCCAUCUUCGGCUCCCACUGCUUACAGUCCUACCCAGCACACAUUGAAGAAGUCGUGCCCGCUUUCACAGACUGCACACGGACGGACACUAAUUUUGUUGCGAACGAUUGCAACGAAGGUGGUAGCAACUGGGAAGCAGCGAACAUCGGCAUUGGCGCACACCUCCACGAGACUGGUCACUUACUGGGCUGCCCACAUCAGGAAUCUGGUGUCAUGCUGCGCGACUAUGUGCGUUUGAACAGGACAUUUGUGUGCCGCGAACCAUAUUCAACGAGAACGAAGCAGCAGGGCCAAAAGCUGUGCUUGCCAAAAGACGAAUGUGCAUGGCACAGACUGGACACACUACGCUUUCGCUUCCAUCCAACCUUCCAGCUUCCAACUGACCCUUUCAUCAGUCCCGACAAGAGUGUCCAGGUAUGGACGGUGGAGAAUGGCGCUAUUUUGGUCACGGCAGCGACCGGUGUGGCAUGGAUCGAGAUCUACCCAGACGGCGACGAUGUUUGCCAUCACUGGAUCGAGUAUCUCGACAAAGGUAGCGCACCGCCAGGAGGCACACCCAGACAGGUCACCUUGAGCGAUAAGAUCAUCAAAGACCAACUUCUAAGCGAGAAGCGGAAGAGGAAGAUCAGCCUCAAGGUGUUCAGCUGCGGCGGUGGCGAGCACGAAGUGCAAGACUUCUCAGCACUUUUCACUUCUGAAAGCAAGAUCAAGCUUCCAGAUGGCAGACCCGGAUUCAAGAGCUCGAAGCUUGGAGCAGGUCAAAUGGAAGGUACAAAAUCUCAACAAGUGAUUCUGGGCAGCUGCGAGAAGCCGGUGAACGGACGAGCGCGGUUACUGCUCAGCGUCAAGGUAUAUCACGGAGACUGCUUGGACGGUAUCGAAUUCAUAUACGAAGACAACUCGAGAGACCUGUUUGGUAAGCGCGGUGGACGACCUGGUGGCACACAAUUCGACUUGGACACCCAGCGAGGCGAGAUGCUGCUUGGAUUUUAUGUCCGUGCAGGAUUCUGGCUCGACGCGAUCCAGAUAAUGACUACCACCGGACGACGUAGCGAGCUAUUUGGAAAUCCAAAUGGCGGUUCUGGACAUACUCUUCUUCCACCUCGUGGCUACAGCCUGGCUGGAAUAUAUGGCAGCUGCGGACCUUGGCUUGACAGCAUAGGAUUGAUCAUUACACGAUAA